AUGGAGAUUGUUACAGUGAUGCUGACGGGAGGAGAGCGGAGGAUGAGCGAGGGGAGGUCAGAAAGUGCAGCUGCAGAGAGAGCACAGACCUGCACGAGUCUGUGGAGAGAGCACAGACCUGCACGAGUCUGUGGAGAGAGCACAGACCUGCACGAGUCUGUGGAGAGAGCACAGACCUGCACGAGUCUGUGGAGAGAGCACAGACCUGCACGAGUCUGUGGAGAGAGCACAGACCUGCACGAGUCUGUGGAGAGAGCACAGACCUGCACGAGUCUGUGGAGAGAGCACAGACCUGCACGAGUCUGUGGAGAGAGCACAGACCUGCACGAGUCUGUGGAGAGAGCACAGACCUGCACGAGUCUGUGGAGAGAGCACAGACCUGCACGAGUCUGUGGAGAGAGCACAGACCUGCACGAGUCUGUGGAGAGAGCACAGACCUGCACGAGUCUGUGGAGAGAGCACAGACCUGCACGAGUCUGUGGAGAGAGCACAGACCUGCACGAGUCUGUGGAGAGAGCACAGACCUGCACGAGUCUGUGGAGAGAGCACAGACCUGCACGAGUCUGUGGAGAGAGCACAGACCUGCACGAGUCUGUGGAGAGAGCACAGACCUGCACGAGUCUGUGGAGAGAGCAUAGACCAAACCAGGGACUUUUCAGCUUCAAAUCCAACAACACAAAGUUUAACGAAGCACGUGAGGACAGCAGCCUUUUCGGUGGAGACUUGGAGAGAGCUGCUCCGUGUGUGAUGGACCCUCAGGCCCCGCGGCCCUUCUCUCAGUUCGAGGUGGACGUGGAUUUGGGAUUCGCACUUUUCUUCCUCUUCGUUUUGGUGUUCUUCUUGUUUGUGACGGUGGUUCGAUGUGCGCAGACUGUGGUGGAUCCCUACGGCUCCAUCUCCACCUCCACGUACCAAGAAGAGCAGAUCACAGCAUCACAGUUUAGACUAAGGAGGUUACAUCUGAUCACACUGAACUCAGACUUGUAA